AUGGGGAAUUGUUUCAGUAUUGAAGAGGAGGAACACAACAGAGACAGCCACCACACACCUCUGAAGAACAAACCAGGCCAUGGAGUUGCUGUGUCUCCUUCCAAAGAAAAUUCUACACUUCCAAAGAAACCAAAUACACCAGAGCGGCAAGGGACUACAAGUGCAAGCAGCAUUAUGAUGAUUUCAAAAAAUAUCAAGGAUUUGCGUCAAAAUCCUGGAAACAGUAAUGUUGAUAUUUUUAGAUAUGAAGAGAUGAAGUUGGCCACCAAGCACUUCAGACCAGAUCAGGUUCUGGGAGAGGGUGGGUUCGGGAUUGUCUAUAAAGGAGUAAUAGAUGAGAAUGUAAGGCCUGGUUACAAGACCACUCCAGUUGCCAUUAAAGAGCUUGAUCCAGAAGGGCUCCAAGGCGACAGAGAAUGGCUGGCAGAAGUCAACUACCUAGGACAGCUCCAGCAUCCAAAUCUGGUGAAGCUCAUUGGGUACUGCUGUGAGGAUGACCACAGGUUGUUGGUCUAUGAAUAUAUGGCAUCUGGAAGCCUGGAAAAACACCUUUUUCGCCGUAAGUAGCUAUAUUCAUAUGAAACUGUGAAAUGUUUAUAUGAGAAAUUAGUGCCGUUAUAAAGCUGUGACCUUAGGUUCAACAAGAAUCAAUCCCUCCAAACACUAUACAUUCAUGUAUCAGUUGCACAUUGGUACAAAUGUCAUGAAGAUGUAGAAAUGGCUUUCUUGUCAACCACUCACCUCUGCCCUAGGGCGGAGCCACAUUUUGGCCCGUAGGGUCUGAGCCCAAUGACAUUUCAAAAAGUAUCGACUAUGGACUAAUUUUGAUGAGAUUGGCCCUACUAAAGUUGUGAAUCAAUGAAACAGAGUUAAUUGAUAGGGUGAAUGUUGAAUAUAAAUAUAUGUGGAAAGCUCUUACCUUUAAUUGAAGACCCCAUACAAAAACAUUGUUGUAGUAAUGAUAACAAAUAAGAGGGAAAAAAAAGAAGUCUAAUCUACAAUUUGUAGUUUUAUAAGUUUACGGGGAACUUAAGAGGGGUGUGGGUAGGACUACGAAUUUUUCUUCAACAAACUUUAAGACCUCAAAAUUACUUUUUUCACUAAUUAUUCACCUAGGAGUGGCCUUCUUACAUAGUGCUACUCACUUAUCAAUUAUCACUUUUUUUUUUUUUUUUA